AUGACAUCUAUAUCGAAAUUGUCAAUUCUUAUUCUAUCGUUAUUCUCCUUGACAGAUGCCGCCUUUCAGUUACAAGGAUGUUUCCCGGAAUCUGCAUUACAGGGAUUGACCUUUGCCGAUGAGUACAUUUGGCAGUCGUCCGGCCAUUGCGAGGAACAGUGUCCGGAUUCGUACAUUGCAGCCACCACAGAGGGAAACAAGUGCUACUGUGCCUCUAAUAUUGAUCUAUCCGCCGAGGCAAGCUCGAGUAGCUGCUCGGCAAAAUGUUCAGGGUACCCAGAGGAGAUGUGUGGUGCAGACAACUACUUCAAUGUUUACAUCAACGGCGAUGCCAGCGCCAGUUCGGCAUCGAGCUCACCAUCAACUAGCUCGUCUACAUCGUCUAGCUCGAGUACGUCGUCUACAUCGUCUAGCUCGAGUACGUCGUCUACGUCGUCAUUGUCCACAGGAUCCUCAUCCGAUGCUGAAACAACUUCCACGUCCUUGCAAUCGGAUUCGACGUUGUCCACUUCAACAUCAACUGAUGGCCAGUCGUCCACUUCAAUCUGGCAAACCACUUCCUCUUCAUCAACUGAGGCGUAUUCUACAGUGUCAUCAACUUCAGAGGAACCGUCUACUACUUCAACUCCCUUGUCUUCCUCGUCAUCGUCAACAGAAUCUUCAAGUUCUACAACCCCGUCCCCAACUUCCACUUCUCAAGUCCCAGAGUCAACUAGUUAUGUAGAAUCCGAAAUCACAAGCACGGCAAUCAUCUCCUCAACUUUCGUCUCCACCUCGGUGCUCAACUCCCGCCAAACCCUAAUUACAAUUGUGCAGAGUGUGACGUCGGUUUCGGUUCAAGUCAGAACCGCUACAGCAGUGCAUACUGCAACCGUUGUGCCAACCCUGUUGAACUCCAACGGAAACUCCAACAACAAGCAAAAGAAGUCUUCAGGAAUAUCAGGAGGCGCUAUUGCCGGCAUUGUCAUUGGUGUCGUUGCAGGUGUACUUAUAAUAGGAGGCAUGCUUCUAUGGCUACUCGGGGUUCCUCUACUUUGUAUUCCGGCAAGACGCAGACAAGAUGAUGAUGAUGAAAAAUCAAUAAGAGACGACGAUUCUCUCGCUUAUGCAAACCCUCAUGAUGCUGCAAUUGCCGGCGUUGCCGGCUACGGCCGAACACCGGGAUACUUGUUAAGCCCCGAUCAAUUAAGCAUAGGUUACGGGAACAGGCGUUUUAGCGCAAGUAGCUUGCCAGAUGCUGCCAAUGGUAGCCAUAGCGAAAGUGACUCUUCUAAAGGCGGAGGUUUGAGAGUUAUAAAUCCAGAUCAACUAAGUGAAGCCGACUUGGAUUCCAUGAGGUGA